AUGAUGCUGUUUACAGUUCUGAUAUGUGUGACCUUACUGAUCAUAUUAGUCUUCGGACAGCAACAGGAAGUGACGUAUAAAAUGUGGGAAGAACAAGUGGUAGGGACUUUCGUAGGCAACGUGGCCCGAGACAGUCACAUCUCUACACAAUACAGCCACUCAGAGUUCCAGAAGCUUCAGUACAGCAUUCCCCCAACUGUUUCUAAGUUGAACAUAGAUGGCAAGACGUCGACUAUUCGGACUGCCGAGAUCAUUGACCGUGAGAAGAUCUGUGACCGGUUUCAUGAAGGUGACACUUGUUCUCUCAACUUUGACGUUAGCGUCUUCAGGGUCAACAGCGAUGGGGGAUUUACUCUUCUGCGGAUCAUCAAAGUUAAAAUUGUCAUUGAAGAUAUCAAUGACAACCCUCCGGUAUUCCCAUCAAACAUGACGACCUUGGAUGUUCCGGAAAAUAUGGAGGUUGGUCAAGUGCUGACAAUGAGUGCGGCGAUUGAUGCGGAUACAGGAAUUAACAAUACCGUCCAGAGAUACCGUCUCAAGGAUGGGAUGGGUGUUUUUGAGAUUCAUAACAUCCCAAAUUCUGGCGGACGCAGCUCCGAUUUUGGGAUUAGAAUCGUGAAAAAGUUGGACAGAGAAACGAGAGCAUUUUACCAGCUGACGGUGAUCGCUGAGGACGGCGGGUUUCCAAGACUGUCCGGCUCAGUUGACAUCUUCGUAAAAGUAACGGACGUCAACGACAAUGCUCCACAGUUCCUGAAAACUUUAUUCGAUGCUGUAGUUCCUGAGGAUAAACUUCUUGGCAGCACACUAUUGACUCUGCAAGCCAAGGAUGCAGACGAAGGGGAGAAUGCCCGUCUAACAUAUUCCUUCAGCUCGCUGACAUCCUCGAAAGUCACAGAUUGUCUGGCUAUUAGCGACAGCACUGGGGACAUCUAUCUUGUGAAGAGCUUGGAUUACGAGAAAGAUAAAUCGUUCAAGUUCGCAGUGACAGUCACCGACAACGGAACGCCGGCCAAAUCUACCCAGACCUCGGUUCAGAUCUGGAUACAGGAUGUUAAUGACAACGCUCCGCAAAUUGAUAUCACGCUUCCAUCUCCCUACGUGAAAGAGUCUGUUGGCGUGGGUAACUAUAUCGCCCAUGUCUCCUUGUCGGACGCCGACAGCAGUGAGAACUCCCAGAUCACCUGCAGCAUUACUAACGAUCACUUCAUGCUACAGAAGUUCUCUGACUCUGAUUCUAUUUACACGGUGAUGGUGAGAAGCCAUAUAGACUAUGAAAAGUCCCGCACAGAGCUAGUGAAUAUCUCUUGCCACGACGGAGGUCAGCCACCCUUGUACAAUUCCUCGGCGUUUACCGUUCACGUUCAGGACAUCAAUGACAACGCUCCAGUUUUUACCAGAAGCCGUUAUCAAGCCAACAUCAGGGAGGACAAUCACGUUGGUCAGUUUGUGUCGCAGGUCCAAGCGAUUGACCCCGAUGAAGGAGACAAUGGUAACGUCACUUACAGCCUCAGCCGAAACCCAGACAACAAGUUUCAGAUCAACCCCUUGUCUGGAGUCAUCAAGGCCGUGCAGGUCUUAGACCACGAGGAGAAAGCAAUAUACGAGUUGGUGGUCGUAGCCAAAGACAAAGGUUCCAUUCCCAUCUCUUCUUCAGUGACUGUCACCAUCCUCAUCGGUGACGUCAACGACAACCCGCCCCAAUUUAUCAAACCUUAUUUUGAAAUGAGUGUUCAAGAGAACAAGCCCAUGCACGUGUCGUGUGGUCACGUGGCUGCCGUAGACCCAGAUACAGAUCUCGACAACCACCUGCGGUAUAAGUUCUCCACUAAUGUCACAUAUUCUGAUACAUUUGCAAUUGAUCCCAUUACUGGAAACAUUUAUACACUAAGUUCCCUGGACCGGGAGCUGAGAGACAGUUACAACCUCGAGGUGAUGGUGUUCGAUGAAAGUGAGCCAAGCUUUUACGAUAUAGCCAUUGUCACAGUCACAGUAACCGAUGACAACGACAACGCGCCAAAGAUCCUAUUCCCUACAGACUAUAACAACACAUUUCAAUUUAUAUUUACCCUUCCCCCGGGCAAGCUUCUGCUUGGCGUUGAAUGCGAAGAUGUCGACGCCGGAGAAAACGGUUCUGUGAGAUUUAGCAUUAUCCGAGGAAACGACAAGGACUUGUUCUUUAUAAACGCGGUAAGUGGCGAGUUGGUCGUGGCCCGGCGCAUGAAUAUGCAUGAUGCUGGUAGUUACAGACUGGUGAUUCUGGCUCGGGAUAGCGGUCAGCACUAUUUGGAAUCUCUGAGGGACAUUAAUGUGAUUAUCUUGCCAGCUAACGGCACGGCCAGUUACCUACAGGAGGAGGAGAGUAGGGCUAAUAUUGCUAUCGUCAUCGCCUUGAUUUGCAUUACUUCAGUCCUGGCUAUUGCCGUUCUCAUCACCAUCUGCAUUAUCCGGAGGAUAGAUCGGGAGAGGAAGCAACACUCCAAUGUGAAGUCUGAAGAGGAGAACAUUUACAAACAGCAAGUUGUCCCAAACACCCCAGGAACGUCGCCAGCAAGAGGCAGUUACGAGAACGAAAUCGAGAAGUUGAAGAGGAAAAUUCGGAAAGAUAUGAGCUUUGCCGAGGAUGAUGAUGUAGAUAGUUCGGAACUAACCAACAAGACCUCUUUUUCAACUUUCCGGACUGCCACCUCGGACUGUGACCAGAGAAAUCUAUCG